AUGGCUAAGUUGGAUAAGCAGUUUGGCAAGUUUUUAGAGGUCUUGCAAAAACUCUACAUCAACAUACCUUUUACAGAAGCAUUAUCUCAUAUGGCUUCCUACACAAAAUUUCUAAAGGAAAUCCUUUCCAAGAAAAGGAGAUUGGAGGACUAUGAGACAGUUGCUUUAACAGAGGAAUGUAGUGCCAUACUUCAGAACAAGCUGCCUCUAAAUUUGAAAGAUCCUGGAAGCUUCUCCAUACCGUGCUUAAUUGGCAAUAUGAAUAUUGAUAAAGCCCUCUAUGACCUUGGAGCCAGUGUGAGUCUAAUGCCCUUAUCCAUAUGUCAAAAGCUAAAUGUGGGGGAAUUGAGACCAACCACCAUCUCCUUGCAAUUGGCAGACAGAUUUGUCAAGUACCCUCUUGGCAUCCUAGAAAACAUCCCCAUUAAAGUGGGAAAUUUUUUUAUUCCAGUAGAUUUUGUUUUCCUAGAGAUGGAAGAAGAUGUCCAAAUUCCCAUUAUCUUAGGAAGACCCUUCUUAGCAACCGUUGGAGUAAUCAUAGACGUAAAAAAUGGGCAUCUAACUCUCAAAGUAGGGGAUGAAGUAGUAGAAUUCAACUUGUUUCAAGCACUGAAGCAGAAAUUUAAACCAAUGAGUGUUUAA